UCAAAUUGAUCAGUCUCUAGAUUAUUUUAUAUUAAGACUUUAAAAUAAUUUAUUAGAAUAAUUUAUUGAGAAUGUGGAAUAAUACUUCCACUAGUUUUAAUGAAGAAAGUUCUUCAGCAAUAUUAGAUAGUGAAAAUGAUAUAACAUCUACAAGUGUAAGACAAGCUAUUGUAAUUGAUAGUAGUGACGAAGAAGAAUCUACUUCGAUACAAAGGAAAUCAUUGGACUUACAUUCUUCACCAAUAAAUGUUAACAGAAAAAAGAACAAUUUAAAGAAACAUUUAAUAAUUUAUUCAGAUGAAGAAAAUAUUAGUGAUGUUAAUGAUGACAAAUUAUCUAAUUCGAAAUCAGAAUCAGAAUCUGAAUCUGAAUCUAAAUCAGAAGCCGAAUCUGAAUCAGAAGCAGAAUCUGAAUCAGAAGCAGAAUCUAAAUCAGAAGCAGAAUCUGAAUCAGAAGCAGAAGUCUAUAUUUCAGAUGAAUCUGAUAAUUUGAUUUAA